AUGUUUGGUAAGAAAAAUCAAAAACAACCUGUAGAUCCUACUUAUGUUUCAGUUAUUGAUGGUAUCAAGAAAAUCUAUGAUGAAAAAAUUAAAAAAUUAGAGGCUGAAUAUAAGUAUGACUAUUUAAUCUCACCUCUUAUGAGACAGGCUGACUUUGACGCAAAGCCAAUGGUUUUAUUCCUUGGUCAAUAUUCUACUGGUAAAACCACUUUUAUUAAUUAUUUAUUAAAUUAUGAUUACCCAGGCUCUCAUAUUGGCCCUGAACCAACUACUGAUGGAUUUGCAGCUAUUAUGCAUGGACCUAAUUCUACUAAUAUUCCAGGUAAUACUUUAUGUGUUCAAUCAGAUAAACCAUUUACUUCAUUGUCUAAGUUUGGUAAUGAUUUUAUGGCUAAGUUUAAUGGAUCAUUUUGUAAUCUUCCACUUCUUGAACAUUUAACUUUUAUUGAUUCUCCAGGUGUUUUAUCUGGAGAAAAACAAAGAAUUGGUAGAUCAUAUGAUUUUAAUGAAGUUGUAAGAUGGUUUGCUGAAAGAGCUGAUAUGAUUGUACUUGUAUUUGAUGCACAUAAAUUAGAUAUUUCUGAUGAAUUUAAAGGAGUUAUUGAAGCUGUUAAGAAACAUUCUGAAAAAAUGAGACUUGUAUUGAAUAAAGCAGAUUCUAUUGAUUCACAACAAUUAAUGAGAGUUUAUGGUGCUCUCAUGUGGUCACUUGGUAAAGUUAUGCAAACACCAGAAUGUCUUAGAGUUUAUGUCUCUUCAUUUUGGGAUCAACCAUUUAAAGAAUCAUUAUUUACUGGAUUAUUUGAAAAAGAACGUGAUGAUUUAAUGUAUGAUCUUCAUGCAUUACCAAAACAAGCUACUGUUCGUAAAGUUAAUGAAUUAUGUAAACGUGCACGAUUAGCUAAAACAAAUGCAUAUAUUACAUCAUAUCUUCGUGAACAAAUGCCAACAUUUGGUAAAGAUAAGAAGAAGGCAGAAUUAUUAAAGGAUUUGAAUACUGUUUUCAAUACUGUUAUGAAAAGAUAUAAUUUAGCUAUUGGUGAUUUCCCACCAAUUGAUGUGUAUAGAGAACGAUUAGAAAAUUGUGAUUUUUCUAAGUUCCCUAAAUUAGACUUAAGAGUGGUUAAUGCAGUUGAUGAUGCUCUUGGAACUCAAAUUCCAUUAUUAUUGAAAAAAUUCCCAAUGGAAGAUGAUUUAUCAACUCAUACUAAUCCAUUUGAAGUUUCAAGUAACUUUGAAAAAUGUUGUAUUACUCUUGAUGUUAGUGAAGAUGAAAUGAAUUCAUAUCAAAAAGAAUUUGAUAAAUUACCAAAGAAUGAAGUUGGUAAAGUACUUGGUAAAGAUUGUUUUGCACCAUUAAUGGCUAGUGGAGCAGAUAAGAAGGAUCUUCAAAAGAUUUGGUCAAUUGCAGAUUCAGGAAAGGAAGGAGCAUUAAAUGCACAUCAAUACAUUCUUGCAAAGGCAUUAGUUAGAACAUUAUUACAAUCAGGAGGAUAUCCUGAUAAUCUUCCACCAGUUGAAUAA